AUGAUCACUCUAUUCAUACUUUCUUUAUUACUUAGUCAAGUAAAAGCUGAUUCAUUAGGUUGUAUUCUGUCCCUACCAUCUUCCGCCAAAUCGAUAGGAAGUUACACUUGGCAAACUCCUUCUUAUUGUGCCAACGAAUGUAAUGGUUAUGCUUACGUUGCCAUUAAAAAUGGUAUGGAUUGUUAUUGUUUAUCAUCCUUACCAUCUGGUUCUUCAGUAAGUAGUAGUCAAUGUAGUGUUCCAUGUGCUGGUUAUGGUCAAGAUAUGUGUGGUGGAACUAAUGCUUUUGGUAUUUUCCCAGGUAAUGGUAAUACCAAUACAGAAGCUAUUGAAACUGGUGCUACUACAAGUCAAACUACCACCACUCAAACUACUUCAACAUCAACUAAUACUGCAACUACAAGUCCAACUACAAGUACUACUAAUACUGCUAAUAAUUCUGAUAAUGAAACUGUUCAAAUUAUUACCAGUACUGGUACUAAUAGUGGUAAUAUUAUUUAUAAAACUGUUACUGAAGGUCCAUCAUCUGCAACUUCUCCAACAAGUUCAUCAACUUCAUCUUCAAGUUCACCAUCCGGUUCUUCAUCUCCAUCAGAUUCAACCUCAUCAUCAUCCCAUAAAAAAUCAUCCAACAUUGGUCCUAUUGUUGGAGGGGUGAUUGGAGGUUUAGUUGCAUUGGCAGCUAUUGGAGGUGGUAUUUUCUUUUUCAUUAGAAGAAGAUAUGGUGAUGAUGAAGAUGAUGAAGAUUAUGAUGAAGAACAAUUUUAUGAUUCAAAACCAAGUGCAGGAUUAGGUAGUAGAAGAGGUACAGGUAAAGGUACUAGAAGAGGUGUAAAAACUAAUAGUGCAUUCGAUAUGCCAAUUAUGAAUCCAUUUGUUCAUCCUAAUGAUAAUGUUAGUAAUAAUAGUAGUGAUAAUAGUAAUCAACCAUCAAUUCCUCCUAAUGUUUUAGGUGGUGGAAAUGCUGGUGCAGGAGGUUUAAUUGAUCCAAGAUUAAAUCCUUCUAUAAUGGGUAGAAAAAGAUUAAGUGAAGGUUCAUUAGCUGAUGAAACAGAUUAUUCAAGAAAAAUCUUACAUGUGAUUAAUCCUGAUAAUAGUAGUACGAUGGGUUAA